AUGGCGGACAAAUCUGCUUUCGUGCCCGUCGAUGCGAUCGGCAACCACAAGAACACCGACCUCGAUGUCGACAUUGACGAUGAGCUUUUUGGCAAAAAGGUUCCGUUUUUGAAAGAAAUCCGAUUUUUAAAUACCUCAGCGAUCUAGGCAAUUUAUGAUUUUUCGAAAACUGUUCAAUAUGAAUAUUUCAGCCCCCAGCUCCAAGCGCCGCCGCUCCAGCGGCUCCGGCGGCGCCAGCUACGACGCCACCGCCUUCGGUAGCAAAGCCGGUGUCGCCGGCGCCUCCCCCGGCGCCCGCCCCGGCCCGAGGCUACACUUACAAGAAACCGGUGGCCUACCAGAAGACGUACGCCAAGUAA